AUGUCAUCCAUCCCUGGGUAUAAUGAGAGCCUUGUGAGCCACCAAACCUUUGUCCUGAUUGGCAUCCCUGGGAUGCAGGAGAAGAACUCUUGGGUGGCCUUCCCACUGUUUGUGCUCUACGCCCUGACUCUGCUUGGGAACAUCACGAUCCUCUAUGUCAUCAAGACCAACCAAAGUCUCCAUGAGCCCAUGUACUUCUUCCUUUCCAUGCUCGCCUGCUCGGAUCUGGGCCUCUGCAUCUCCACCAUGCCAACUAUUCUGAGUGUGUAUUGGUUUGACUCUGGCGAAAUCCCACUCAAUGGCUGCAUCAGCCAGAUGUUCUUUAUCCAUAUAUUACAAGCAAUAGAGUCUGGCAUUCUUGUGGCAAUGGCUUUUGACCGCUUGGUUGCCAUCCGUGAUCCACUGAGAUACAGGUCACUGCUCUCAAAUUCAGUCAUUGCAAAAAUAGGUAUAGCUAUCUUGUCCAGAGGUCUCUGUGUCUGCUUCCCUUUCCCCUUUCUCAUUAAACGGCUCCCUUUCUGCAGAUCCAAUGUCCUUUCUCACUCCUACUGUCUCCACCAAGAUGCCAUGAAGUUAGCCUGUGCAGACAUAAAGGUCAACAUUUUCUAUGGUUUGAUAAUAGCUGUUUGCACUUUAGGGACAGACAUUGUUAUCAUUCUUGCAUCAUAUGUCAUUAUCCUGAAGACUGUUUUGAGCAUUGCCUCUCAUGAAGAAUGCUUCAAGGCUCUGAACACCUGUGUGGCCCACGUUUCUGCCAUCCUGAUUUUCUAUGUCCCAAUGAUUAGCAUUGCUGUGGUACAUCGAUACGGGAAGCAUCUUUCUCCCAUUGUCCACAUGCUGAUGGCCAACACAUUUGUUAUGGUUCCCCCACUUCUUAAUCCUCUUGUGUACUGUGUAAAGACCCGGCAAAUUCGGCAAAGGGUAUGGAAUAUACUGCACUUUAAAAAAAAGUUGGGUUUGAUAUUUCUACCGAAAUAA